CCAGUCAGUCGGUCAGUCGGUCGGUCAGUCAGUCAGUCGGUCGGUCGGUCGGUCAGUCGGUCGGUCGGUCAGUUAGUUCAAACUCUGCAGGUUAUCAGCAACUUCUCUUCUAGAUUCUAGGUUCUGGACCUCCUCCUCCUCCUCCUCCUCCUCCUCCUCCUCGUUCAUCUUCAUCAUCCUCAUCAUCAUCAGCCAUGCUCGACUCGUAUCCAGCAGAGGGCGUCUCACUGUCCGACACUAAGUACCGUCCUCUACCAGAUCAGUCUUCAGUCCCUGGAGCUCCACGGGUUCCUGGAGCAGUGGCAGUCACGAUGGAGCACACCACCGUGACCAUCACCAGGGAACAGCCCAAAGACCACAUCGUCUGGUCCGUCAUCGGCCUGUUUUUCGCUAACAUCCUGUGCCUCGCCCUGGCAGCGUUCAUCUGCUCCGUCAAGUCCAGGGACCGCAAGAUGGUCGGAGACCUGGUCGGAGCUCAACGCCACGGCUCCACGGCCUUCUCCCUCAACGUGGCCAACACCGUCCUGGCUGCUGUCCUGCUGCUCCUUGUGAUUGGUCUGUGCUUCCACAACCCCAUGAUGCUGGGAGCCUUGUCCGGGUUAUGGUUGAGGUUGAUUUAAAUCGCUGUUUUGGUUUGUUUGUUUUUUCUAGACAGUGAUGGUUCAGAGAAAUAAAUCCAGAUCAUUUCAUUAACUCUUCCAGUUUGGCAGCCUCACGUUUCACUCCAGAGAGGCCGUGUCUGUGGCUGCAGUUUGAUAAUAAACUGUUUUUGCUGUGA